AUGGCGGCGGCAACGGCCGAAGAGAUUCUCAAGCUCUUUGAUUCUUGCUGGUUCCAAGGCGAGAUUCUAACCAGAAAACAAUGCCCAUCAGUUCAAGAAACCAAGCCAGUUCUUGAUGAUGAUGAUGAACAUAAAGAAUCAAAGAUUACGGGUGUUCUAUCUCUUAAGAUUCGAUCACAGAGCGAUAAUUUGUUAAGCUUUGGGACGAGUUUUAGCCCUCCCUCUGAUUCUUUAAAGUCUGGGAUCAUCAAACCAGAGUUUGAAGAUUUGCAGGGGGCUCUGAUUAUGACGAAGAAGGUGUGUGAAAUUAGGAAAAGGAGGGUGGGGAGGAAAAAACUGGGGGGGCAUAGGAGUUUAUCAGAGCUUGAACUUGAGGAGCUAAAAGGGUUUAUGGAUUUAGGGUUUGUGUUUACAGAAGAGGAUAAGAGGUCGAGUUUGGCAUCCAUAAUUCCUGGGUUGCAGAGAUGGGGAAGCAGAGAUAAUGAAGUCAGCAAUAAUGAGAGUUGUUCAGUUCAAAGGCCUUAUCUUUCUGAAGCGUGGAGCAUUAUGGAUCAGAGAAAGAUGAUCAAGAAGCUUCUGAAAUGGAGAUUUCCACCUCUCAGCAACGAAACCAACAUGAAGGACAACCUCAAAUUCUGGGCUCAAACUGUUGCAUCAGCCGUCAAAUAA